AUAAUUCAUAAAGAAAAAAAGCAAGAAAAACAAAGAGAAAAACAAAGAGAGAAGUAAAAAAAGUGUAGAAUAUAAUAUUUAGUCAUAUUAUGUUUAAGUAUAAUUAAGAUUUUUGUUAAUCAUUAUAAAUAUGAUAAGUAUUUGUACGGUUACUAAGUAACGUUUCAAUGCUAUUAGUUACAAGCAUAAUUGACAAUGAUGAUAAUGAUGAUGAUGUUACAAGCUAUACAUCAUCGAAUAAUUCAUCUGAAACAAAAUUAAUCAAAUCAUCACAACAUAGAACAAAGUCACGUAGAUCAGUUAGCGCCGGUACACGAAGAGAUAUCAAUGAUGAUAAAAGUAAUAGAUCAAAACAAUCAGUAAUGAAUAAUAACAAUCAAAUAUCAUCAUUAAUGAAUAGACGACAAUAUAUUGUCAAGCCAAUAGUUGGCACAAAUAACAUUAGGAAUUAUUAUCAAAAUGAUUAUUAUUCAUAUUCGGAUAGUUAUGAAAAUGAUCAUAAUGGUAUAAUAAAUGAUACAAUAAUGGGUAAAAAACGUCUUAUCACUACAUUACAACAUGCUAAUGAAACAGAUAAUUAUGUACCAAAAGCUGAAGAAGAUAGUUUUCCAGAUAGAUCAUUUUCUAUUAUAAAUGAAAAGAAUCAGUUGAAUAAUUCAAAUGGGUUGAUUUCAUCAGAUCAAGAAAACGGUAAGAGGAUGUUGAUGAUGAUGAUGAUGGUGAUGAUGAUGAUGAUGAUGUAAUCAAUGUGAC